AAAGAAACGUUCUUAUUUUAUUUUCUUUGCAACAUUCAAAGUUGAUUUAGUGAAUUUCAAUUGUUAAAAACGCGAAAUAUAUUAAAAAAUAUAUGUUUAGAAAUGUCUCGAGGGUUUGGUAUACAAGCCGUCUUCUCUUUCCUAUUACUUGUUGAUGUGCUACUUGUUUAUGGCCUAAUCGAACAAAAGGAAAUAUAUGGAAAAUAUAAUCAUCAACGAGAAAAUGAUGUGGACAAUAGCUACGGAAAGGAUGUUGUUGGAUCAUUUCCAUUCCUUAUGCCAUUGGUGUCUCCAAAAACCCCGGAUUUGUACUUGUGCACUCCCAUUAAAGUCGAUCCAACUACCACCUACUAUAUUGUUGGCUACAAUCCAAAUGCCACAAUGAAUACGGCGCAUCAUAUGUUACUCUAUGGAUGCGGUGAGCCUGGAACACCAAAAUCCACUUGGAACUGUGGUGAAAUGGCCCAAAAUUCACAGGAAGAACAAGCAAGUCCCUGUGGUCCACACUCCCAUUCACAAAUUUUGUAUGCUUGGGCAAGAGAUGCACCGCGUUUGGGCUUACCUCCUGGAGUUGGUUUCAAAGUAGGUAAAGAUUCACCUACCAAGUACCUGGUUUUACAAGUUCAUUACGCGCAUGUACAGAAAUUUCAAGACGGAACCACUGACGACUCGGGCGUAUUUAUUGAGUACACAGAGAAACCACUAAAGAAAUUAGCUGGAACUUUGUUACUCGGCACUGGUGGAUCCAUACCUCCAAUGGCCAUCGAACACAUGGAAACGGCAUGCGAAAUAAAUGAAAAAAAGGUACUACAUCCAUUUGCUUAUCGUGUACACACCCAUGGAUUGGGUAAGGUCGUAUCUGGAUAUAGAGUUCGGUCAAACGAUCGUGGAGUUCAGGAAUGGACACAACUUGGAAAACGAGAUCCACUUACACCGCAAAUGUUCUAUAAUGUGACAAACGAUGAGCCCAUUGAAUCUGGUGAUCAUGUUGCAGUAAGGUGUACCAUGAAAAGCAAUCGUCAUCGGGUAACUGAAGUCGGCCCGACAAACGAACAUGAAAUGUGCAAUUUUUACCUCAUGUACUAUGUAGAUCAUGGGGAAACUCUUGAUAUGAAAUAUUGCUUUAGCCAAGGUGCUCCUACUUACUAUUGGUCCAAUCCCGAUACCGGCUUACAUAAUAUACCACAUAUCGAAGCCAGCACUUUGUAAACUUUGAAAAUAUCAUAUUGUGAAAAAGGGUAACGAAUGUAUACUGAUUUAUCUGGAUUAUUUCCACCGUAUAUAACAAACAUACAUAUAUCUAAUAUGAUCAUUGUUGAACGUCAUAUUGUAUCCUAUUACGUUGUGUGUCUGUGUAUCUAUUAUAUUAUAUUAUUAUUAAUGUCGCCAUUACCAUUGAUUUGUUUAAGAUGUAUCCUGUAACUAUGUUUGUAAAUAAACUUAUGUAGAUAUUGUAUCAUAAAA